AUGGCUGUAGGAGAAAAAAAACGAAUAUUAACAAGUCGUUCUGAAGGUGCUCUAUUAGGUCAUUAUUUAUUUUUAGCUGAAACAACAUAUAUAUCAAAUACACCAGGUUUUUUAAUAAUAAAAACAAUAAAUGAACAUGAAUGUAAAUGUAUUUGUUCAACAAAUAAACAAUGUCUUUCAAUAACUUAUCAUUUAUCAGAUUUAAUUUGUACAUUAUAUGCAAAUGAUCCAUGUGAUACACGAAAUUGGCAAACAAAUUCUGAUAUAAAUUUUUAUAUAAAUAUUAAACGUUUAAAAUAUCGUUUAUUUGAAAAACCAGAACAAAAUCAACCAUUAAAACGUUUAUCAAAUUCAUUAUUAUGUGGAAAUAUGAAUAUUUUUAAUUCUGAACGACGAUGGUUAUUUGUUGUUAAAAUUAGUGGACAAUCAAAAAUUAAUUUUAAUGGUUUAAAUUUUAAUAAUGCACCAAAUCAAGUUGCACCUAGUCCAUGGUAUACCACAUCAUAUGAAACUAUUUGGAAUAGUAUUAUUAUGCAUCAAUGGAAUGCUCAUCUCUAUUUUCCAAAAUAUUUCGGUUUUGCUCUUAUAUAUAAUGGUACCGUACGUGAAUUUAUUUAUUUUCGUUUACAUAAAACAACAAUUGAAAAUUUCUUUAAUAAACAACAUACACCAGUUACAUUUUGUUGGAAUUUAAAAUCUAAUAAAGCUCAUCUUCAUCAUAUACUUGAUCAUAAUAAUUAUUUUAAACGAAUAUUUUCAAUAAGUAUCAAUGGAAAUAUAUCAAAUACAUUACCUUGUGAUAAACAUGAAACAUUUAUGUAUAUUUCACCAUAUGAUAGAACUGAUAGAUGUUCAACAGAUGAAAAUUCUUUAAAUUCUAUUCGAAUAAUGUUUUCCGAUGAAUGUCAUCCAUCACCUUAUUCAAAAUUACUUCAUGCUGAUGCUUUAAUUGGUUUAAUAUCUGGUGAUACAACAAUGGAUACUUAA